AUGUGUCUACUGGUCGUUACUGUUCUAUUCAUAGUAAUACUACCUACGUCCACAUUGUUUACAAAUAAUAGAACUGAACAUGCUAUCGUAAUCGAUUCACUUGAUAUUGCUCCAGUAUGGGCAGGACAUCCUGUAAAUUUUGUUUUAUUAACACAUUUACCUUAUCAAUUUAUAGCAUAUUACGAUGCUACACGUCAAAUGACUAUUUCACAAAGAAAUAUAAACGAGCGUAUUUGGACAAUUAAUAAAUUACCAAUCAUAACAGGUUGGGAUAGUCAUAAUUAUAUUGCAAUGGCAAUUGAUGAUGAUGGUUAUUUACACUUAAGUGGUAAUAUGCAUGUAGUACCACUGAUAUAUUUUCGUACUGCACAACCACUUAAUGCUUCUACAUUUGUACAAUUAAAUUAUAUGAUUGGUACCGAUGAAAAUCGUACUACAUAUCCGAUAUUUAUGCGAGGACCAGGAAAUGAAUUUAUUUUUACUUAUCGUACUGGUAUGAGUGGUAAUGGUAAUCAAAUUUAUAACUUGUACAAUUUGAAAACUAAAAUAUGGAAACGUUUACUUGAUAAACCAUUAACUAAUGGUGAAGGCAAACGUAAUGCAUAUUUUGAUGGUCCAAUUAAAGGUCCCGAUGGUUAUUUUCAUUUAGUUUGGGUAUGGCGUGAAUCACCAGAUGCUUCUUCUAAUCAUGAUCUUAGUUAUGCACGUAGUAAAGAUUUGAUAUCAUGGGAAACUAGUAUUGGUAAAUCUCUUAUAUUACCAAUUACAUUAGAAACAUGUGAAAUCAUCGAUCCAGUACCACAAAAAGGUGGAAUGAUCAAUGGUAAUACUAAAAUUGGUUUCGAUCAUCAGGGACGUGUAACAAUAAGUUACCAUAAAAAUGAUGCAAAUAAUUAUACACAACCAUGGACAGCACGAUUAGAAAAUGGAAUAUGGCAAAAAUAUCAGAUUACGAAUUGGCCGUGGCAUUGGGAUUUUAGUGGUGGAGGUACGUUAACUUUUGCUAUAUCACUUGGACGAGUAACGAAAGAAAAUGAUGGAAAUCUAACGCAAACUUUCAGUCAUAUUAAAUUUGGUAAUGGUACAUGGUCAAUCAAUCCAGAAAAUUUGAAUGCUACUGGUCAACUUCAACGAGAAACCAUACCACCAUCACUCUUGAAAGUAGAAGGUACUUUUCCAGGAUUAGGAGUACAUAUACUCGAAGAUUCUGGUCAUAAUAAUAUUACUGAUACUCGUUAUAUACUACGCUGGGAAACUUUAAGCAGUAAUCGUGAUGAACCUCGACCUCCUCCAUAUCCUACACCUUCGAUGUUACGUGUAUAUACUAUCAAAAUUAUAUACACUGACUUCUAA